UCCAUAUAUAUAAUUCCAGAGACGCAGAUAUCUGAGAUGAAGAAGACGACGGCGAUUGAUUACGUCAUGGAAGCUGCGUCAGGCCCACAUUUCUCCGGCCUUCGCCUCGACGGACUCCGCUCAUCUACAUCUCGCUCUUCCACCACUACUCCUCCUACUGCCUUUGUUCCUUCUCCCGCUCCUCCUCCCGAUUUCUCAGUCCACAAGCAGCCUUUCGUCAUUGGAGUUUCUGGAGGUACUGCUUCUGGGAAGACCACGGUGUGCGACAUGAUUAUUCAACAAUUACAUGAUCAUCGCGUUUUGCUUGUCAAUCAGGAUUCUUUCUACCGUGGGUUAACACCUGAAGAAUUAAAGCGUGUCCACGAGUAUAACUUUGACCAUCCAGAUGCUUUUGACACUGAGCAGCUUGUAGAGUGCGUAGACAAGCUCAAAGCAGGUCAAGCUGUCCAUGUUCCAAUAUAUGACUUCAAAGCACACCAAAGAUCUUCUGAUAGCUUUCGUCAGGUAAAUGCAUCUGAUGUAAUCAUCCUCGAGGGAAUACUUGUUUUUCAUGACUCUCGUGUCCGUGAUUUGAUGAAUAUGAAGAUUUUUGUUGAUACAGAUGCUGAUGUAAGGCUUGCUCGUCGCAUACGGCGUGACACUGUUGAGAGGGGUAGAGAUAUAAGCUCAGUUCUUGAGCAGUAUGCGAAGUUUGUCAAGCCUGCUUUUGAUGAUUUUAUUCUCCCUUCAAAGAAAUAUGCCGAUGUUAUCAUACCCAGAGGAGGUGAAAACCAUGUUGCUGUUGAUUUGAUUGUCCAACAUAUUAGGACAAAGCUUGGCCAGCAUGAUCUCUGCAAAAUAUAUCCUAAUGUGUAUGUUAUUCAGUCAACAUUCCAGAUAAGAGGAAUGCACACCUUGAUCCGAGAUAGGGACAUCUCCAAACAUGAUUUUGUUUUUUAUUCUGACCGGCUAAUCCGUUUGGUUGUGGAGCACGGUCUUGGCCACUUACCUUUCACAGAGAAGCAGGUAGUCACUCCAACAGGGUCAGUAUAUACUGGUGUUGACUUUUGCAAGAAACUAUGCGGGGUAUCUAUCGUUCGCAGUGGUGAAAGUAUGGAGAAUGCAUUGCGUGCUUGUUGCAAGGGGAUAAAAAUUGGCAAAAUUCUGAUCCACCGUGAUGGUGACAAUGGUAAACAGCUUAUUUAUGAAAAACUCCCAAAAGAUAUAUCAGAACGUCAUGUCUUGCUUCUGGAUCCAGUUCUUGCUACAGGUAACUCUGCUAACCAGGCAAUUGAGCUGCUCAUACAAAAAGGAGUUCCAGAAUCCCAUAUUAUCUUCUUAAACCUAAUUUCUGCACCAGAAGGAGUACAUUGUGUUUGCAAGCGUUUCCCAUCUCUGAAAAUUGUAACUUCGGAGAUUGAUGUUGCACUGAAUGAAGAAUUCCGGGUCAUUCCAGGUAUGGGGGAGUUCGGUGAUCGUUACUUUGGUACUGAUGAUUGAGAGAUUCUCCAGCCUGCACCUAUGCUGAAGCUUUAGCGAGUCUACUGUCAAUUGAUCUCUCUCUCUCUCUCUCUCUCUCUCUCUCUCUCUCUCCUGCUGUUAUGAACCUGAUUUGUUUCUGAUGUUUUACCCAAGUACAGUAACUUUCCAAUAACGGUUUUGAAGUUUUAACAAAGAAGUGAAUAUUUGUUAACUAUGUGUUACUACUACAGAAUGGUUUGUGAAAGCAAAAUUAAUUAUUUUUC